AUGGCCGGCAGUGGCGCAAAGCGUGCCAAGCAGCGGCGGCGACAGGCGAUUGGCAGGUUGCGUGCCACUCAACAUGCGGUGGAUGAGGACUCCGAAGAGGAGCAGUGGCAGUCGCCAAUCGUUGGGCUCAAGCCCAAAGUCAGCGGCAAGAAGAUCGUCUACACCGGAUUCGAGUUGGCUGGGGAAUCAAUCAAGCCCGGCGAGUGUGUGAUCAUCAAGCAAGAGGACCCAGAUGGCCCACCGUACGUGGCCGAAGUGCUGGGUGUGUAUCAGUACCUGGACUCUGAAGACAUCAACCUUGUCAUUCGCUGGUAUCACCGCGCAGCGGACACGGAGCUCAAGAAAUCCGCCAUCCCAAAGCUCGAAGAAGAUGAGUUGUUUGCAAGCAACUACCUGCAGGAUGAGGUACCUGCUGCGUCGGUGGAAGGGCCAUGUGUUGUUGUCCACGGCCACGACGCUGUUGCACGAGAGCUCGACAGACAACGCGAGGGCACCACACAGCAUGGUAGCAACGAUGAUGACGAUGACGAUGGGAGUGAUGAUGAUGAGGACUUGGAUCGCUUCCUCUGUCGCUGGUACUACGAUGUCCACAAGCGAAAGCUCAUGAAAUACGAACAGCGCCCCGUGAAGGUGCUGGCGAUGGAGGCUCGACGGCUGGUGUGUGCAGACACGAACUUGUCGAAGCGAAAACAAAAGGGAGCGCACAAGGAGGCCACCACCACCACCACCAACAGCAGCAGCAGCAGCAGCAGCAGCAGCAGCAGCAGCAGCAGCAAAACACGCGGUGGGAGGCGAAAGGGGACCGCGUCAAAAGGUGGUGGUGAUGAAGAAAGCGAUGGAGAUGUGAGCGAGGGCGGGAGUGGGCUGAGUGACGAGGAGGUGGAGUUUCGUGGCAGCGAGGAGGAAGAGGAGAGUGACGACGAUGAGGACGUCGCCAGCGACGAGGAUGACAGCCACGCUCGCAAACGCAGCAAGAGGACCACCCGGCGAGGGCACAGGAAACAGGACAAGAGCAUGAAGAACAAGAAGAAGAAGAAGAAGACAACGGCGGCGAAAGGCAAGGGCAAGAAGGCGUCGUCGUCGCGUGGGCGUGGGCGUGGUGGCCGUGGCCGCGGUCGGGCUGCGCCUGCGUUGCAUGUGCCGACGACUGGCGAGGCGCCGCGACCAGAGGAGCUGGACGCCAUGCAGCGUGCACAGCAGCAGCUGCAGCUCUCGGCUGUUGGCCACGUCUCAGAGGCCCUCCCGUGCAGAGAGGUCGAGUUUUACGAGAUGCUGGCAUUUAUUCAGACCAAAGUCGAGGCCGGCAGCAGCGGGUGCAUGUUCGUCAGCGGCGUGCCCGGCACAGGCAAGACGGCGUCCAUUCGUGCAGUCGCACGAGAGUUGCAAGCGCAGAGAGCAGCAGGCGCCAUGCCCCAGUUCACGUUUAUUGAGAUCAACGGCAUGUCGCUGACGACGCCAAAGCAGGCCUACGUGGAGCUCUGGCACGCCAUUGCCGGCAGCGACGCUGCGGCCGGGGUGACGGCUGCGCAGGCGCUGACGCUGCUGAACCACCGCUUCACAAAGCCCUCGCCGCGCCGGCGCACCAUUGUUGUGCUCCUUGACGAGGUCGACCAGCUCUACACCAAGAAGCAGGACGUCCUGUACAACAUGUUUGAUUGGCCGACGCACGACCACUCGCACCUCAUCCUGGUUGCCGUCGCCAACACCAUGGACCUCCCCGAGCGCGUGUUUCACCAGCGCGUUGCGUCGCGUCUUGGGCUCACGCGCCUCACGUUCAUGCCCUACACGCACAAGCAGCUGGUGGAGAUUCUUCAGCACCGCCUGACACAAUACGACUGUUUCACGCCAGACGCAAUUCAGCUGUGCAGCCGCAAGGUUUCGGCCGUCUCUGGCGAUGCGCGCAGGGCGCUCACCAUCUGCCAGCGGGCUGCAGAGAUUGCGCGGGCAGACACGAAGCCGGCUGGCGCUGCUAAUGGCGGCGACGAUGGUGUUGGUGGCAGCGGUGGCGACGGCAGUCGUGGUACCAACGGCAAGGACAAGAAGACCAAGAACAAGCGAAAGGGAAAAGACAAGGUCACGGACAAGGGCAGGAAGGACGAUGUUGCAGACGACGAAGAGGAGGUGCCACUGAAGGUGACGAUCCACCACGUGAGCGCGGCCAUCAAGGAGAUGACAUCAUCGCCGCUGCUGCGCGCCAUCGAGGAUGCGGCACAACAGGAAAAGCUCUUCCUCCUCGCAACCAUCGCUGCCUUCAGACAGCUUGGGGUGGAGGAGGCGACGCUUGAGCAAAUCACCAGCCUGCAUCGCUCGCUGUGCAACAAACUCGCAUUGCCCGUUGCCUCUCCAACUGUCAUCUCAAUGGUGUGCUCGAAUCUGGCCAGUUCGCGCAUCUUGCUCGCGGAACCAGCGAUGCUUGACUUGCGGAGAAAAGUGCGACUCAACUGCAGCUCGGAGGACGCGCUGUUUGCGCUGCGGGAUGAGCCGGGGGCGAAGCACCUCGCAGCUCAAGACGGCGGCGGCAAUGGUGAUGCUGGGGCAGAGGAUGGUGCAGCUGUGGACGACGAGGCAUAGGAGUGACGUGAUGUGCAACGUAGCGUGAUGUGAUGUGAUGUGCCAGUAUUGGUGGUGUGGGCGCUGUGUGGUUUCCCUUGUCGCAGUCUACUAGGUGACCGUUUAAUUUGACAGUCUGAACCCGAAUACACAUGACGGUUG